UGUUUGUCAAACUAUCCAUCGGGAAAGUUAGCAAAAAAAAUAAUACAAAUAAUUUUUGUGCACUUUUGUUAAUAUCUAUCAUAAAUACAAGUAUACACUUAAAGUGUAUACAGUAUUGCAAUCAAUGCCCAUAAGAAUUAUCAAUCAUAAUAGAAAUGAAGACAAAACUUAUUAUCCUUUUAGAUGAGUCUCUAAGUAUGCGAAAGAAACGCCACGAAGUCAUCGGAGGUUUCAAUACAUUUCUUAGAGAACAAAAACGUCUGAAAACUGAUUCAUCGAAACUGUAUUUAAUUAAAUUUAAUACAAACGUCAAUAUUGUCUAUUCAGGAAUAAACGUUAAAGACGUGCCCGACUUGAAACCAUCAAUGUAUACGCCAUGUGGUCGGACAGCACUAUUUGACGCCAUAUCCGAAGGCAUAUACAUUGCUGAAGAAGACAUGACUGACAGUGAAAACGAGAAAGUGAUUUGUGUUAUCAUUACUGAUGGCGAAGAAAACUGUUCAAAGGAUACGACCAAAGACCAGGUUCGGCGACUGUUGGCUCAGUACGAGUCCAAAGGCAACUGGGCUUUCGUUUAUAUCGGCAAAAACCCCGACCGUUGGACCAAAGAGGUCGGUAUGUCUGCGGCAAUGGGAAUCUCAUACAACUAUAAUGAACCGCGAAUUACAUUCAAACAUAUCUCUAAUACGGUCACCAAAUAUCGGGUCUCAAAAUAUAAGCUGAAGAAAACACUGCUUCAGAGAUUUGGAUUAAAAUAAUCUUUAAUUGUUUGU